CUUUUAUUACGUCAGACUAUGUCUCUCUGGAUGGAAAAGUAACGCGCGACGAAAGUUGUCAGUGCUCAGAGAAAUGGCAUCUGCUGUGACCGAGUCAUUACUGUCACCACAACAGCAAACAGCGUUGUUUAUAUUUGUCUUCAUCUUCAUUCGAAUCCCCACGCUCAGAGCAGUAUCAGAGCCGGGGAAAUGGAUUCUGAAUGUGGACAGCGAAAUAAUAAAGAAGCAGUCCUAUUUUUAUUUCUCAAAGACAUUAUUUAAUAACUCCCAUGUUGAACUCAGAUGGCUCAGUGAAGAAUGCAGCACUCCUGUAAAGCUGAAUAUAUCAUGGUAUCUACGCAGCUCCCGGUGCUAUGAUGAGGUGUUUGACUUAGAUGUUCAAAAGGCAAAAGAUUACUUUAAUACCAAAGUUGGGCUCCAGAAUGGUGAUAGUGGUUUCUACAUCAGCCACACAUAUAGUCCGAUUGAGUGCUACCAGCACAUGACCAGGAAUGAGUUGGCAGUGUCCAUACUUGAUAAGCCAAUAAGUGUGAUAUCUAUUGCCCAGCCGACAUCAUCUGAGACUCUAGUGAGGAGUCAGAGAGAUGCAGAGAUUCCAGUUCCUACUGCCAAAGAGUCAAGCAAAGAUGUGAAAAGCAAAGACAAAACAUUAACUGUUGUAAAGGAUCAGACCUCUAUACAUGACAGAGUGGCACAGGCAUGGGAGGACAGCCCUUAUAUGUUUAUCAUCCAUUUUGCUGAGAUUAACCCGGCCAAAGACACAAAAUGGAGCAUCAAGUUGGAGGUCAGCAUGAAGGGGUCUUACCAGUAUAUUUCAGCCUCUGAGUGGCCUUUGAUGAUCUUCUACAUGGUGAUGUGCAUCAUUUACGUGUUGCUUGGUGUACUGUGGCUGUUGCUUUCGGCCUGCUACUGGAGAGACCUGCUACGGAUCCAGUUCUGGAUCGGAGGGGUUAUUUUUCUGGGCAUGCUAGAGAAGGCUGUCUACUAUGCAGAGUUUCAGAGCAUCCGCUAUGAUGGCCUUUCAGUCCAAGGAGCAGUGGUGUUUGCUGAGGUGCUGUCUGCUGUGAAGAGAACUCUGGCUCGAGUGCUUGUCAUUAUAGCCAGCCUCGGCUAUGGCAUUGUCAAACCUAGGCUUGGAGCCCUGCUGCACAGGGUGGUGGGGGUAGGGCUGCUCUACCUCAGCUUCUCCAUUGUAGAGGGUGUUCUAAGGGUCAACUCGGAGCAUGGAGGCUCCAGCAGACUACUGUGUGACAUUGUUCUGGCUAUCACUGAUUCUUGCAUUGUGUGGUGGAUCUUCAUAAGCCUGGCACAGACCAUGAAACUUCUGCGGCUUAGGAGGAAUGUGGUGAAGCUCUCCCUUUACCGCCACUUCACCAAUACUCUCAUAUUUGCGGUCAUAGCCUCAGUCGUUUUCAUUGUUUGGACAACAAAGACCUUCAAGUUAUCUAAAUGCCAGUCCGACUGGAGAGAACUCUGGAUAGAUGAUGCCUUCUGGCGUUUCCUCUUCUCCACUAUUCUGCUAGUCAUCAUGUUCCUGUGGAGACCGUCUGCCAACAAUCAGAGGUAUGCCUUCAGCCCAUUGGUAGAUGAGGUGAGUGAUGAAGAGGUGGCGGAACAACUAAUGAAUGAAGCCUUUGAAGGUGUGAAAAUGAGGGGUAUUAAAGCAGAGACCAAUGGAAGUGUGAAGCCUAAUAAAGUGGAUGAAGAUCUGAAAUGGGUAGAAGAAAACAUUCCUUCUUCAAUGGCUGAUGUUGCACUUCCCCCGUUAUUGGACUCAGAUGAGGAAAACAUAUCUACAAAAUUUGAGAUGUCGAAAAUGGAAUAGAAUCAUUGCAUGUAUGUAUUGUAAAUGUAAAUGUCAAUAAGUUUGUGUUUAUGAACAGUUGUUUUUGCCCUAACUACAAGCUUCGCAAGCAAUGUAUAUAAACAUGUGGGAAGUCAAUAAUUAAGGAACCAAACUGAAGGACAUUUAUUUGUAUUGCCUCUAUUGCCUGUUUGUAUUUAUAUUUUCACUGAAAUGAUGUUGGGUACCUUAAGACUGUAAUGUUGCUUUUGACAUUUGUUUGCAUAUUUAAGAUAAAAUGUAAUCAAAAUACACUAGCAUAAACUUAAAAAGUAUGUUUAUCUGAGAAAUCUGGUUAAAGUCUCUAAAAAAUUAGGCUAAAUGUUCUUUGAUACAAAUAUUUAAAGUCUGGUCAGUUAUUCUAAAAUCAAACUUUUUCUAAUUACUCUCGCUCUUGUGACUUUAUACCUUAUCACUGCAGUGCUAGAAAUUGAUUUAAAUGCUGCUUAGAGUUUUGACUUUUUUGAUGGGUUACUCCUGGAUUAUUUAUGUGUACAUUGUGUUGUGUAAAUUUGUGUUUUAAAGUUAUAAGGAAAAGUAGGUUUUGUAAAAAAACAACAACAAACAAACCAAAAAAAACCAUCAAAACCAUGAACUCUGUGAAGUUGUUUUCAUCCAUCUAUUCAUUCAUCCAUCCAUCCAUCCACCUAUAAAUAAAACAUUUUUUUUUCCUCUAAAGCUACAUUAA